AUGACGGAGUCGUCCGCGCCGUCGCCCGUCGCCGCGGUCGGCGAGGAGGCUGCCGCGUUCGGGUCGCCCACGGAGAAGGCACCCGACGCGGCCGAUUCGUUCGAGCCGCGCGCGGUCGCCGCGCGGCCGCCGCCGCCGCCCGCGACGACGGCGAAGAACCUUCCGGUGAGAGCGCUGAAGUUCCCGCCGUCGCCGAUCAAGACUUCGGUCAGCGCCGCGGACGCGCCGACCCCGCGCGGAGGGACCGAGACCGACGCGACGACGACGCGCGCGACGCAGGGUGCGGCGACGGGCGCAGCAUCGCGCCCGUCGUCGUCGUCGAAUCCGACGCGCGGCGGCGGCGGCGGGACGUCCUCCUCCUCGCGCGCGCGCCUGUCCGUCUGGGACUACUGCUGCGCCGAGCUCGGCCUGCGCGUGGGCGCGCGAGAAGACGACCCGGACAUGGCCAUCGCGCGCGAACGCGUCUUCGACAUCAUCUGGUACGUCCCGCUCGAGUUCGAGCGCCUGUCGCUGUACGGCGGUCUCCUGUGCGCGGACGCGACGCUCGGCGUGGUGACGUCGUUGCCCGUGCGGGUGGCGUGCCAGACGUGCCGGCUGAUCAUGACUCCCGCGGUGGAGACCGCGAAGCUGUUAUCGCCGUUGUCGACGGCGGCGCUGCGGAGCCCGAGGGCGUGGAGAGGAGGAGGAGGAGGAGACAAGGGCGGAGACAAGGGCGGUCCCGGGGCGGACGCGUCGUCGUCGCGGCAGCGGUCGCUCGGCGAUAACGGCGACGGUGGGCCGACGUCGAAGCGAAGGAACUGGGGGUUCCACCCGUUCGCGCGCGAGCACCUGGGCGACUCUCUGUGGCUCAUGCUCUUGCUCGCCGCCGUCGCGGCGAACAACGCCGUGGACGUCUCCGUCGUGUACCACUGGAUCCGAGGCCAGGACGUCAUCAAGCUCUACAUGGCGUGCAGCGUCCUGGAGUGCUUCGACAAGCUGUGCUGCGCGUUUAACUGCCACGUCCUCGACGCGCUGCAGAACAGCACGUACGUCGUCGUGAGCGUCGCGGCGUCGAGCGCGUCCAUGACGGACUUGGUCCACGCCGUGAUACAGCUCUCCGUGGACGUCGUCCUCGCGUUGUCGGCCACGGUGUCGCACACGAUGAUCAUGUUGCUCCACGCGGUGACGUUAUCCGUCGCGAUCAACUCGCACACGAACGCAAUGCUGCUGGUGCUCAUCUCGAACAAUUUCGGCGAGAUCAAAGGACACGUGUUCAAGCGGAUGGACCCGGAUAAGCUGUUCAGCGUCGCGAGGAUGGACAUCGUGGAGAGGGUGCACCUGGGCGUGUGUCUGCUCUUCGUCGUCGCGCAGCGGAUCACCGCCGCCGGGUCGGUCGCGGGGGGGCUCACGCGGAAGAUGCUGAAAGACAGCGCGAUGGUGAUGGGGUCGGAGGUGUUCGUGGACAUCUUCAAGCACGCUUUCAUGUCUAAGUUUAACGGGUUACGACCGAGGGUGUACAGAGGGUUCAGCCGGCAGCUCUGCAGGGAGCACGUCAAGCUCGCGCAGUCGUACAAGAUUCACCGCGUCGUCGGGUUCGUCCCUCUCGCGCCCGCGGCGGUGCUCAUCAAGGUGCUGCCGGAUCUGUACCGGACGCUGAUGCCGUCGCACGAGCUCGGCGGGCUUUUCAGCGGCGAGGACGUCGACGGCGACGGCGUCGGCGAGCGGUGGUACGACUGGGGCGGGUGGCAGAGUUUACGCGUGGAACUGGGAUGGGUCGGAUGGAUGGGCGUGGAGUACGUGCACCUCGGCGAGGUGGCCGCGUUCGCGCUCGUGUUCGCCGCGCUCGUGGCGUUCAAACUCGUCUUCGGCGUGUGCUUGCACUGGUUCGGGGGGUUCAUGCUGGAUAAUCUUCCGUACGAUCGACCGAGCGGGAAGGACAAGGACAAGGAGAAAACGGCGAAGGACGGCGGCGCGCCGCCGGCGUCGCCGAAGAGUCCGCCGAAGCACCGACUGUGGGCGAUGUAG